AUGCUUUGCCGUUUUUAUGCCACCAAUAAUCUCUUAAACCAUACACUUAGCCUUCUGCAUUUAUCUUUACUUCACUUUUACUCUGUCACCUCAGCACUUGUGCGUGGAUAUCGUAAAUUCAAGGCGAUUGCUAUCGCAACGAACGUGGCCGAGCUGUGCACUCCUUGCGGAAUUUGUCGACAAUUUCUCAUCGAAUUCGGUGACUAUAAGGUAAUUAUUGGCUCAACGACUGGGAAAAAUGUACUGUGCACCUCAACUUUUUCCAUGCUUCCGCAUGCCUUCACACCAGCAAGUCUGGGGAAACACACCGACGAAACUGAUAAUUUAUAA